CAUUAGCCGGCGGCGCGGGGAGGGGCCGGGUGACCUCACGCUGGCCCGGCCACUGCGGCCAUUAGACCCGGUCCAAUUGCUGAGGCUGCAGCGCUGCCUCCGAGCCUGCAAGACAUCUACGCAGCGAAAUCGAGCCUGGCCUUGAGGGUCCACACCGCGAGAGAAGAUGCGUGCGCUCAUUCCGGAGCCUAAGCCUGGAGACCUGAUUGAGAUUUUUCGCCCCUUCUACAGACACUGGGCCAUCUAUGUUGGCGAUGGAUAUGUGGUUCACCUGGCCCCUCCAACUGAGGUUGCAGGAGCGGGUGCAGCCAGUGUCAUGUCUGCCCUGACUGACAAGGCCAUCGUGAAGAAGGAAUUGCUGUAUGAUGUGGCCGGGAGUGACAAGUACCAGGUCAACAACAAACAUGAUGACAAGUACUCACCGCUGCCCUAUAGCAAAAUCAUCCAGCGGGCGGAGGAGCUGGUGGGGCAGGAGGUGCUCUACAAGCUGACCAGCGAGAACUGCGAGCACUUUGUGAACGAGCUGCGCUAUGGAGUCGCCCGCAGUGACCAGGUCAGAGAUGUCGUCAUCGCUGCAAGCGUUGCAGGAAUGGGCUUGGCAGCCAUGGGCCUUAUUGGAGUCAUGUUCUCAAGAAACAAGCGACAAAAGCAAUAACUGAAAAAGACUGUCCUGUCAGCGAUGACUUUAUACAUCAAGGGGAUCUUGUUUUGCUAGAGUUUGGGGUUUGGUUUGUGGAUUUCAUUGUGAUUUAUAAUAAGGCUUAUUUUCACAGAAUAAAAUAAAGUACAACGAGGGAGGAUUUUAUUGGGGGAAAUGCAGCAA